GGUUCCAGCUCCGCUCAGGGUUGGAAAGGAGAGAGUCUGCACCUCUCACAGAGCUUUUGUGGAGGAGCAGGAGAUGCUCGGAGCUUCCCCCUCACUGCCCUCCUACCCCUAGCCCACCAAAUCUGGGCUUGGGACAGCCUCACGUCCGGAGGUCGCAACUUUCCCCAGGAGUAGAGCGCACGGCUGGGGCACCCCAAAAGGGAAGGGGCAGAAGCCCCCAGGAACUUCACAAACUUCUUUGGGGCAGACCAGAGGGAAAGCAGCAGCCUAAGCCCACAGGAGGAUGUAGAGCCGCAGCUACUGAACAAAACUGUGCCCUCAUUCCUCUCCGCCCCACCUCCGACCUCUAGCCAGUCAUGGGGGCUGACUGCUGCGCUUCGUCCCGGGACAGAAUGGGCUGGUCCUCCAGGUCUCUGGCUUAGCCCCUGGGGUGCCAACCCCAGGGACUGCCCCCUUCUCCAGCCCCCUGCUGCUGGAUGUCCUGCUUUUAACUCCAUAUUGUCCCUCAGCAAGGCGGCAGGGCUGUCACUCACAGCCUCUCCCUGGCAAUCCUCUUUGGACUACUCCUGUCCUCUGCUAUGGAUAGCCCAGAGCCCUACUCUGUGCAGGCCACUGCGGCCAUCGCAGCCGUCAUCACCUUUCUCAUCCUUUUCACCAUCUUUGGCAAUGCACUAGUCAUCCUGGCGGUGUUGACUAGCCGCUCCCUUCGAGCCCCACAGAACUUGUUCCUGGUUUCCCUGGCUGCAGCUGACAUAUUGGUGGCCACCCUCAUCAUACCCUUCUCACUGGCCAAUGAACUGCUGGGAUACUGGUACUUCCGACACACCUGGUGUGAGGUCUACCUGGCCUUGGAUGUCCUUUUCUGCACCUCCUCCAUCGUGCACCUUUGUGCCAUCAGCCUGGACCGCUACUGGUCAGUGAGCCGUGCCCUGGAGUACAACUCCAAGAGGACCCCCCGAAGGAUUAAGGGCAUCAUUCUCACUGUCUGGCUUAUUGCUGCCUUCAUCUCACUGCCUCCACUCAUCUACAAGGGUGACAAGGGCAAGAAACCUGGAGGCCGGCCGCAGUGUAAGCUUAAUGAGGAGGCCUGGUACAUCCUCUCCUCCAGUAUCGGUUCCUUCUUUGCACCCUGCCUCAUCAUGAUCCUGGUCUACUUGCGGAUCUACCUAAUUGCCAAGCGCCGCAACCGCCAGGGGCCCCAUGGCAAGCGGGCCCUUGGUGAUGGGGACACUGGGCCUUCUGGCCCUGGUGGGGCAUCUGCAAUAUCUAAGCUACCACCUUCUGUUCUCUCAGCUGUGGGUGAGGCCAAUGGACAUUCCAAGCCUCCUGGGGAGAGAGAGAGAGGGGAACAGAUUGGAGACCCACCUUCUACACCUCCCAACCAGAGCUCUGUGGGGCCAGAGGAUGGCAGUCAUAGGCAGGAGGAAGAAGAGGAAGAAGACGAAGAAGAAGAAGAGUGUGGGCCUCCAGCCCUUCCAACUUCCUCCUCUCCCCAAGGAACCUCAAACUUUCAGCCUCCCCAGGGCUCCCAGAUGUUGGCCACACUCAGGGGCCAGGUGCUCUUGGCCCGACAACCUGCCUCCCUGGGGCUGCAGCCAUGGAGGCGUAGGACCCAGAUGAACAGAGAAAAGCGUUUCACCUUCGUGCUGGCUGUAGUGAUCGGAGUCUUCGUCCUCUGCUGGUUCCCUUUCUUCUUCAGCUAUAGCCUAGGAGCCAUCUGCCCCCAACACUGCAAGGUCCCUCAUGGCCUUUUCCAGUUCUUUUUCUGGAUUGGUUAUUGCAACAGCUCCCUCAACCCUGUCAUCUAUACAAUUUUCAACCAGGAUUUCCGCAGGGCCUUCCGCAGGAUCCUUUGCCGCCAAUGGACUCAGACAGCUUGGUGAAGUGGGAUCCCAGUUAGGGUCCUUGAACCUGUCCUGUUUUAUACAGUGGAGCCAUUGAGCUGGGUAGCUCCCAGUGGCCUUUUCUCUCUACCUGGUACCUGAUUGUAGCCCUAAGCUCUUUGAAUCCCCCUCUUCUUGAUCAACUGGGGAGCCUGCUAAGGAGAGUAUUGUGUGUGGAUGAGUGUGUGUUUGUGAGUAUGUAUGUAUGUGUAUGUGUCCUGGAGCAUAAUUUUAUUUUUCCAGAACUUGGUGGGAUGGAGCAUUUGCUUUCCACUCUGUGCAGAGGGUGAGGCAGAGUGAGAUCAGGAUCAGAGGCCAAAUCCUGGAGAAGACCUCACAAUGGAAGAGAGACAGCUUUUUUCCUUAGCCCUGCAGUCCCCAAUCAAACUGGGUACCUUUCCCUUCUCAGGCUUCCCCAGUCAGCCUUGUCUGAAUUCCCUGGGAGGGCACCUACCUGGGAAUGUUUCCAAAGAGCAAGGAAGGCCAGACUUGAACAUUUCCAGGGAAGGCAAAUAUCUGAGGUGAUAGCGGAGCUGUAUCCUCCCUCCCCAACAGUACCCACUGCCCUGCAGGGCUCUGAGAAUUGUCGGCGGUUUUGUAUCCUGGCGCUUCCCUUUUUUCCUCCCUUCCUUUGGUUUGGGGCUCCUUUUCAGGAGAGCCUAUGCUUUGUUCCUUCGACUAGCUCCCCUGUGGGAGUCAGCAUGCCCUGCCUCUGCUUCACCCGGUGAGCCUGGAUCACAGGCACUUCCCUACUCGGUGCCUCAGUCUCCCCCCUCUGCAAAAACCAGGGCAACAAUAGCUCGCCGCCUACUCACAGCAAGAAGAUGAAAGGGUUUGCAAAAUGCUUUGAGCUCUGUGGGGGAAUGGGCUGGAGAAAUAGAGAAAUAGAAAAUGUGAUUAUCCGGUGAUAUAAAAAUCUCCUUUUCUCUGUGUUUACCACCACCUGUCUUCCUAUGGAAUUUAGUUCUGUGCCUGUGUUGUAUGAAUCCCUACUCAAAACCUGGAAGCCAAGAGAAAGAAAGAAGAAAGUCGCUCCUUCUUUUACAGGGUCUCAUUGAAAAUGCGCUCCUCUUGCCUCCAAAGGUUUGAGUUAUUAUUUUGCAUGACAACGUCUUGACAUUUCACCUGAACACCAGGAGUUUCUUCUGCUGCCUUCUGUCCCCCGACACUGGAUAAGUCUUUUGUCAUCAGCCAGGCAAAUUAUUUCCCCUAAGAUGGUUAAAAAUACCCAGUCUGUGGGAACAAGCUGAGAGGGAUGGAUGAUAGAUGGGUGUCUGAGAUUUCAGGGGAAUGGGGGCUGUGCACUGGACUGGGCUGCUGUUGUCAGAGCAGGUAAGGGGAGCUCUGCAUUUCUUGUGGAAGUGCUAGGGAAGUCAGGUUGCUGGAGCCCAGGAUGCCCUGGCCUUCAGAGCCUUUCUCCAUUUUGACCUCAGUGUGUACACGGGGAUCAGCGCCUUUAGAGACUGAGUUUUGUGGCUCCGAACCUCUGUGACUGGGAAGUCUCAAAGCAGCUUAUCUUUUGACUCCUUCCCAGUCUCUGAACGUGGUGUCUGGUACAACUGAGAGUAUAUGAAUGAUAUCCCCAGUGCCCUCCCAGGGGAGUGUCUGGCUAUCUGCCUAUGAUACAGAACUCCUGUAGUAAUGGACAACUGGAGCCCACUUGGCUGUUCAUUUCCUAGAUGGGUGUGGGCAGUUCUGUAAGUCCGACUGCCUUCUAGCACUUCUGUGGUCUUGACCUCAGGCUGGCCUCAAGGGAGCUUUGGUUUUGGUGAAGAGAAGAGAGAAAGUGAGGAGGGUCCCUGGCUUAACAACUGGGGGAUGAGGAGAGAAUAGAUAAAUGGGCACCACCAAGCCCAGAGAAUGUCUUCUUUGGGAGGAGGGGCAAACUGGCCUUGACUGUAGCAGUCAGCAGGAAGGUGAGGAGCAUUCCCGAAGAGUAGACAUGACCACCAUUGUGGAGCCACAGACUAUGGGAAGGGACAGCCAGGCAACCUAUGCUUUCUCAUCUUGUUAUUUGUGCCCUGUGGCAUUCUCCUGUUUUGUCCUGACCCAGCAACGCUGCAUGCAGGUGUUUCUAAGAAGUCUGAGCUUUUUUUUUUUUAAACA